AUGACUGGCAAGAAAAUUGAAGCUCCUGAACAGAAUAAAGCACAGAAAACUGUUGGAGUCCACAAGGCACAAGUCGAUCUUGACUUCCGAGGGCUUGUGGCUGGAAAAACUCGUGUCUUGGAACAUGGCCACUGUCGCAUACGAAGCAGGCGCGCCUAUCUUGGCCGAGGGCUGCAGCCGGAGUGUGCUGCCUGUCGUGAAUGGCCCGGUGCUCUUGGUACUCGCCGGAAUUUGGUGCAUCUCGGGUGCCCUCGAAUCUCCUUGCCUGAAAUCGAGGUUUCUAGUGCUCGUGGAUCGCCGACUCGCACGAUUUUCUCGUUGCCGGAAAAUUGGUGGCCUCCUUGCCGAGGAAGAUGA